AUGGCUCAACUCACUUCCAGCACUUUUGCCAUGCUCAGCAAGGCACUCUUCUUUGUUUCUGUCUUUGUUGCGGCAGUUUAUGCAGAAUCUCAUACCGUCAGGAUGACGAACAGGUGCGGGAGCGGAACUCCAAUGCUUACCGACCAAGGCGGAAAGAUUCUCUCGACGGGGAGCUACACCUCCAAUGGAGCGCUUAUGGGAGCCAGGGCCUGGCUGCAAACAGGCGCAUGCGGUGGAAGUGGAGCGGGGUGUACCAUCGUAGAAAUUACUUUAAGAAACCCACCGAGUCCCGGCGCAGGUUCUAGCGUCGAUAUUUCUAUCAUCCAGCCAGGCAACAUGUUCACUACCGCAGCUUCCUUCGCGUACUUCAACGGCUGCAAUGGUCAAGGGAAAUCUUGUAACAAUGCGGGCUGUUCUAGCUCAGAUGCGUUCCAUACCCCGACCGACUACGGUGCUCAAGUUCAGUGUGAGGCCAAUGAUGUCGGCCUCGACGUCUACUUUUGCUAG